AUUGCCAUUAAUUUACCAGAGACAAACUUAUUUGAACUCCACAGUCACAUAUAAGGACCUUUUCAUAGACUUCCGAUGCGCAGGCUAGGUAUUACCGUGUGGGCUAUAAUUGAAUUUGGAGCGCAUGCUUAGGUUGGCGUCUUGUUUUCAUUGGUUAACUCUCAUACGUCAGUGUUGGCGUGUGCGCGGUUCCUACCACAUGCAGCCUAAGGUAGAUGUGAUCUAGCGUCGCUUUGACCAUUCUCUCUUCCUUAGCCACUUUUGACUUACAUCGCAACAUCCUGGCAUCUGCUGUACAAUACCGACCCAUACCUAAUCAACUUCUUAUUUACCUGUCUUGGCGGAGCGUGAUAAUCAAGGUGAUUUCAUCUCAACUUUCUCGGCCAAAUUCUUGGGACCAAAUUCUGCUCUUGUGAAAUCUAAACAUAAUCUAGUGCAGCCCGCUUGUGAGAGUUUCAUUCCGAGCUGUGACGGCCACCACAUCGCUGUAUUUCUGACUUUUUAGCGAGUGCCCAGACAUCAAUCGAAAGAUUCUCCUCGAAAGGUCACGAUGUGUAGUUGGCUUAGUGUUGCCAUAGCAACAGUGACGUGCCUUUCGAUUUCGCCAAUCGCGUGCCUGCCUCUUCAUGACGUAGCCGACGGCAGCGAAAGGCGGGAACUACUACACACGUGGUUGGAGCCCUCCGACGUCAUGACGAAUCCAGGUCCCAAGGAGUUUGCCCAGUCAGCCAAGUCGCUGUUGCUGGCUAAGCCGAGGGACUCUGGCUCUGUGCUUGACCUACUGCUGGCACUGCGAGACCCAAACAACGACCCUCGUGAGCUCGGCCACCAAGGCGAGGCUGAAGCCGUCCUGAGUAAACGGGGACAGUCCAAAGUUGACGACUACGGUCAUGGUAUGUUCUGGGGUAAACGAGGCGCUUGGCUGCAACACGACGAAGUCAAGACGGGUAGAGCUGACCAACAAACCAAGAGGGCGCAUGAUGAAUACGGCUUUGGCUUAUUUUUUGGCAAGAGAGAUGAUUCAGAUUACGACGACUUUACUUUGUAAAUAAUCUUGAGAAUAAUGCAACAAAAUGGGGGACAAAAUAUAAAGCCUUCCUGCGUUUCACGGUCCGCGAUGCAAAAAUAAAAUUGAUCUUAAAUCGCUUAAUGGAAGGCUUGAUUUUUUAUUUCACUGAAAUUGCGUUAUAGGGAAGGAACUUGUACUGUCAUUUAACAUGAUGUACUCGUCUUUAGGGAAGUCUCAGACAUUAAUAACGACGCUUUUCUUCAUUCGUUUUUUUUUUAACUUUCGAUGAAUGAGAUUGGGCAGACAAUAAUUAUAUUUUACGGCAUUUUUGAAUUGAUAAUUGCUUUAUUGAACAAUGCAGGAUCGACAAAAGAGGUCAGCUGGAAAUGAAAAUGCUCAGAAAACUGAUUUUGAUGGCUUACAAUGUCAUCAUGAUUAACUUAAAGUAACCUAAAGAAAAAAACAGAGUUCGGAUUUGUUUGACAAAACAGUUUUGACAUUUUUGAUGAUUACAUUCUUAGCGACAUUUUAAUUCACUUAAAAAAUUCUUACAAAGAAGGCCUGUGGUAUAAAAAAUUUCGUCAUUUUUAUUGUCGGCCCAAUAUCAUAGCUCCGCUUACCAUAAACGAAGAACCUUCGCUUAUAUUGCAAACAGAAAAUGUGCUGACGGAACGCGUACUUUAUGGGUUAGCAUCCGUAUCAUCUCUUAGAGCCAAAUCCUCUCUGAGUGGUCCCCGUUUGCUUUUUCUCGGAUUUGCAGCAUUGCUGAUGUUGCUUGUAUCGUGACUUUGGGCGUGGUCCAUGGGAACAUGGCAUAGGCUUAUAUAUGGUUUAUGGCUUCUGAAUCAGCCAUAUGGUUGCGAAGUGCGAUUUCUAAAGGUUACGUAACACUUUAUUU